ACUCAUCGUGGCAUGUGUGUAUAACAUAGUCUUGGCCUCUGUAUAUAAAAUAGGACAUCAGCCUAGGCGGAUAAUCUAGCUACACAUCCAUCAAUCUACAUCAGAUCCAAGAUCAACUACUACUAUCAAUCAGAUCAAUUAAUUAGAUCAAAGCAUCUAUAAAACAAUCAUCAAUCAUGCAGGGUGAUAUCUUUCAGCUUGAGCAAUUGGCUGUCACUCAGGCCGUCGCUCGUGUCGAACCCAGCACUGUCCCACAAGACACUAAGACCGACCCUCAGGUCGCCAUCUAUAACGAGGAUGACCUUUCACAUCUGCUCUAUGCUAACCAUCUGCACCGCAACGGCCACAAGGACAAGGUUAUUGUCAACCACGUCUACCGUGAUGGCUACACAACACCGUUAGAGUUCUUGCCAUCGGGUUCACAGACACCCGAAUCGGAGACCAACGAAACCCCGGUCCUCAGCGACUGCGAGUCCGACUUCGACGAAGGUGUGUACUUACCAUCCUCGCUGGAUCCUUAUUCCCGGGAGAGUCCACUAAGAUUUGAAGACGGCUUUGAAUUUCCCGUUUUUCUCGGCAGGCAAGGAGAGGAGACAUCGCAUGCCGCGGCGCCCGUGUCUGAACUAGACACCCGACCGAAGCAGGUCCGCAUAGCUGCACCGGAGGAACACUACAUCUCCAAUAUCUCGGGGCCGCUGAUGUCGUGGUGGCCCGCAUCGGAGGAGCUAAUGGAGCACGAAUGGAUCGAGAAGGCAGCCCCUAAGAAGACGUCGCAACAUCAGCACGUCUCCAACAUCGAGGGACCCUUAAUGUCCUGGUGGCCUCUCCCGCUCGAGUUACUGGAACACGAAUGGAAUGAACGAUUCUACGAAUAAAGAGGUUCCUGCAGUGACGCUUCUCUCCCUCUUUAGUGAUUUUUGGCGUUGAAAACGGGCAUGGAGUUCGGUGCAUUUUUCAACUUAUAUCAUACCCUGGCGUCAGUUUUACUCGUACUUGUCUACGCAGAAUGAGCCGUCGAUCCUAUAGACUUUUGCUUUUCUAUCGGCAUCCGACAGGCUUAUAUAAUUCAAACAAGGCUAGGGGGAUAAAUAUACAAUUAUGCGUAUGUGAUGAAUAGGGAUAGGUUUCGGUUUCAGUUUCGCAGGCUCAUGUCAGGCCGCGAAGGGAAUAUGGUCGGACAACAUAUAUAAGAGUUCCUAGGAACAAUACAAUAACUCUACUUCCCUAUGAAAUUGUCUUUUUUGUUCUUUUUAUUAGUCGUGUGGCUUAACUCCCACCUCCCACUCUUGGCAAUGCGUUUGUAACGUCAAGAUAAGAUUUAAUGCUAAUGGGAAUUAAGCAAACCUCCGUUCGCUUUUGCUCGCCACUGGCUGGACUUAAAUUCCUCCGUAUCAUAGCGCCGAGAGGCAGACGUCCUCCGAGCUCGGGUGGGGAG